AUGAGAUUUUUCGUAGUCACCAUGAUCGUUGCCAUUGUAAGCGCUGUAGGUGCUGUACCAGUUGACAUCCAACAACUCUCGGAUUCAAGCUCAACACAAGAAACUGGUGGUACUAUAAAGAACCAGCCAGCAAUGGAUGCUUACAAUCAGCAGAACUAUCAAUAG